GUUGUGAAGAAAUAUCAGACCGCGUUCGGCGUUCCUUUGUGACUGUUCUUUCGAUUAGACAAAAAUCGGCGUGCGGCUUCAAAAGAGUGCUACCUGGCCAUUCACACACACAUUCACAAAUACAAACAAAAGAUGCCUUCAAUUAAGCUACAGUCGUCGGACGGGGAAAUCAUUGAAACCGAUGUAAAGAUUGCAAAAUGUUCCGGAACCAUUAAAACAAUGCUGGAGGAUCUCGGUAUGGACGAGGGUGGCGAUGAAGCUGUGCCACUACCGAACGUGCAUUCCGCUAUCUUGGAAAAGGUAUUGAAAUGGGCAACCUACCACAAGGAUGAUCCGAUGCCGGUGGAGGACGAUGACAGCAAGGAAAAGCGAAUGGACGACAUUAGCUCGUGGGACGCCGACUUCCUUAAAAUCGAUCAAAGCACGCUGGUCGAACUCAUUCAGGCGGCAAAUUAUCUCGAUAUUAAAGGGUUGCUUUAUGUAACCACAAAAACCGUCGCGAACAUGUUCAGAGGCAAAACACCGGACGAAACGCGUAAAAUAUUCAACAUUGAGAAUGACUUGACUUCCGCAGAGGAAGAACAGCUGCGUAAGGAAAAUGAAUGGUGCGAGGAGAAAUAAAGGAGCGAUGACAAGUUUUGACUAAGUUGAGUUUUGUGGAUCAUCCCAUUUGAAUUUUGCUUUUUAAUACAUAAUUUUCUUGCACUAUAGAGGAAGCAGUAGGAGCCUGCAAACUCGUUUCAUCUCCUUUUUUCCGAAAUAAGAAAGGAUCUUGACCUGUCGUGUUGUACUGGCAAGAUAAUCGUUAUACACUCUAUUGUUUUCUUAAAAAUCGAUCCUUAUUGGAAGUUACAAUCAAGAAGGAAAAAGAUGCCCUUGAAUUUCACACCAUUAAUCACACAACAACUAAUUGAUCUAAUUAUCUUCUUCUUAAACUAUUCGUAAAGUAGAACUAGGACAGAACGGACUUAUGUUUCAAGAUGUUCGGAGCAGGAAUCUAAUUUUUUGACCGUUUGAUAGGGAGAAAUUUCUUGCAACAGUGCGAUAUCGGAACGAUCGACAACGCUUAA